CUUCUAUAGUUCGUUUCCUCUUCUACUACUUUUCUAGCUACAAUGUCCACCACCACCACCACCUCCAAAACCCUGGAUAAACCCUUCAAAGGGUAUGAAAAUGGCCAAACUCAAAUGGGUUUUGCCAUACUCCAAAGGAACACAUCUCCAACUCAACCGGGUGAGAGAAGAGGUAGGAGAAAGCAAGCUGAACCAGGGAGGUUUCUUGGUGUGAGGAGAAGACCUUGGGGUAGAUAUGCAGCUGAGAUUAGAGACCCAACCACUAAAGAAAGGCACUGGCUUGGUACUUUCGACACUGCUCAAGAGGCUGCUCUUGCUUAUGACAGAGCCGCUCUCUCCAUGAAAGGCACACAAGCCAGAACCAACUUUGUUUACACUACUACUACUGAUCUUCACAACACUAGUUUCCACUCUCUUCAUCAUCUUACAUCUUCUACUAAUACUCCCUUUGAUAGUAAUAAUAAUAAUAAUAAUAAUAAUAAUAAUAAUAGUAAUGUUCAAACUACUACUCUUUUGCCAACCUCUCAGUUCAUUUGCAGCACUACAAGUAAACAACCCACCAACCAGAAUAGUCCACCUCAGCUUGUCAUGACAUGUCAUAACAGUGCUACUACUCAUCAUCAAACCUUCCUUAACCAAUCAAACACUAUUAGUGACACUUUUGAUGAGACCUCAUAUAUGUCAUCACCACCAAAUCAUCGUCAUCAUCAUCGUGGUGAUCGUGAUUGUGAUGAUAACAACUUCUUUUUCUCUAAUGAUUCUGAUAACUCAGGCUACUUGGGUUGCAUAGUUCCUGACAACUGCUUAAGACCACCUCCUACUCCUUCUCCUUCUGAUCAUAACCCCAAAAGAAGCAGUGGUUACAGCACCACUGCUGCUCAAACCAAAUCACAUUGGGACAUGAGCAGUAGUGAGGUAGAAAUACCAGUACUCCCAGCAGCUUCAUCAUCAUUGGGUUCAAAUCCAGGAGAGCUUAUCAUGCCUUGUUUGGAUGAUUUCAAUCUUGGGUUUUGGGAUAAUAAUAAUCUGCAGCAGCAGCAGCAGCCAUGGGAGCUGAACUCAGGAGAUCUCUCUGCCAUGAUCAGUAGUUCUAACUUCCCUCUGACUACUGAGGGAGCUUUUUAUCCACUCACUGACAACUCCAUGUAUGGCUUCAUGUCUGGACCUACUUCUUCAGUGUCUUGCUCUCCUUCACUUCCUCCCCUUGGCGAUGUAGUUGAUUUGGGUCACUCUCUCUUUUGA